AUGGUUCUUUCAGGCACCGAUCAUGUCAUGUCUCCAGUGCCUUAUAAGGCGGUACCGUUGGCAGAAAGAUUUAGGCUUGAAGACGACACCGAAAAUUUGGGUACGUGCAAACUAGAAAAUAGCCCUAAGGAGUGCACAGUGUCCAAUUGCUGUAAAGUACCGUCACUCGAUCAGUUGAUCGAUGACUGUUUUCGGUACUCUAUAGGAGAGCUUCAUGACCAGAAAAAGAUAGAUCGAGUGGAAUCUUUCAAGAAGAUAGUUGUACAGCUCCACUGUGAAGAGAAUCUUGCAUUCAUGAUCGACAUCUACAAAUACGAAUAUUUUUAUGCCAAGAUCUACCCGCAAACCAUCCAAGAUUACAUCGAGAGCACCAGUUCCAACAAACUUUCACCAAAACCUGCAUUUCUCAACCGGUCUCUAAGUACCUCUAUUGAUGACUUACCGCAUCCAUCCAAAAUCGACAAGAAUUUGUUCCACAAAAGAGUACCAUCAUCUACCGUCAUGUCCGUCCAGUCGGACGAACUUGUUCCAACCUCGGUAUUCGUAUCCAGCAUCGAUGAUUUACAUCCGGCUAAAGAUCUUCAUAGCACUUGGGACACAUUGCGUGACAAGAGCACUGAGGAGGAGUCGCUCGAUGAUGGUAUUGAUCAGGACUCAACCUCCGAAAAUGAGGAUGCUAGGUUAUUAACCAACCAGUGGAACCACAUCAUAUUCACAUACGUCCAUCACGAUGCUCCCCUCCAGAUCAACCUUUCUAACAUGUCGUAUCAGGAGAUAAUUGACGCCGAUAAAGCCGACUCCGGGCCCGUGAGCCCUUCCGCUCUUCUUAGAGCCCAGCAUGAAAUCCUUCAACUUAUCAAGGAAAACGCAUACAUCCCAUUCAUUAAUCUUAACCGAGAAUCAAAGAGUGUUGAAGAGUCACCUCCCAGUUGCCCUUCAAGUGCUCCACUGUGUUUUUUGUCUACGGAUUCGACCAACCCACGCUCUCCACAAAUCUCAGCUCGUGGAUUGGACUCUCCAGUUCUCUCGCCAACACCUUCGAAUUCAAGAUAUAAGCAGAAGAAGAAUAGAUUCAUCCCAUUUUCCUCGCCGCAGCUCGAGUCCAGCUCGACUUCCUCCUCAGCAUCGUCGAUCACCAACUUUUUCAACCAUUUGAAGUUGCACUCGCCCACAUCGAGCAGAUCACACACUCCUGCGAUGGGAUCUCCUCCAUCCACUGCCUCGAGUCCGGUUUCUGUUCCACACCUGGCGAAUAGCGUCACGCGAAAAGUAGCCGCUCAGGACGUGGGUAGGACGCAGUCGCUCAAGCUCAACAAACUUUGGAAGAAAAAGCCAUAA